AUGUCCCUCGCUGUGAAAAACAUUUCUGUUACUUACAAUCCUAUCAAUCAGAGCAAUACUUUCACCAGCGGGGAUUUCAUAUCCGGACAAGUCAUUCUGGAUGUAGCCAAAGACACACAGAUGCAGUCGCUCAGUGUGAAAAUUAAAGGGAAAGCGGAAGUGUUUUGGACCGAGCAUCACAGUAAAAUAACUAUUGUUUAUUCGGAUGAAGAGAAGUAUUAUUCCGUGGAGAGGUUUUUUGUUCGGGGGGACAAAACGCAUGGAAAUGAGAUGCUGAAAGAUCCGUCAGGACAGCCGUAUUCGUCUGUUGUGGCACCAGGGCGUCAUGUUUACCCGUAUACCUUUCAGUUGCCUCUACAGCACUUCCCACCAACAUUCAAAAGUUCAGAUGGAAAAGUUGUCUAUACUUUGGAGACAAAACUAUCCAGAUCUAUGCGCAUUUCUAUCAAAGACAAAACAGAGUUUCACUAUAUGCCCAGACCAGAUGUGUCCAAUCCCGAACUAAUGGCACCUCAGUAUGGAACCAAAGAUAAAAAAAUGAAAUUCUUCACCUCUGGGAGUGUCUCCAUGAACAUAAACACUCGGAAAAUGGGAUACUACCCUGGAGAACGCCUGAAAAUUUUGGCUGAAUUUCAGAACAAUUCUCCACGUGCAGUCAAACCAAAAUACUGCUUGUAUGAAAAACACAGUUUCUUUGCCAAAGGAAAGAGGAAACUUCACACAAAUGAACUGCUUAAAGAGGAAGGGGAACCCAUUGAGCCAAACUCAAGGAAAACUGUCACCAAAGAGCUGUCCAUUCCACCCAGCCUUGCCAUCUCUAUCCUAAACUGCAGGAUCCUCAAGGUUGAGUACAGACUCAGGGUCUACCUGGAUGUACCGUAUGCCUCAGAUCCAGAGAUCAAAUUUCCAGUUGUGAUUCUUCCUCCUCAGCUUGUGUCAGGGGCUACAAACAGUGACUUUGGAGUCUGGAAUCAACCCCCAGGAAGCAACAUGUACCCCAACCCACCUGCUAUUGCUCCACAAGCCCCAACACUUAAUGUUGGACCACUUGGUCAGUUUGCUCCACCUAGUUACCCUGGGUCUCCGUGUCAUUUUGCUCCACCGAGUUACCCUGGGCCUCCUCUGGGUCAGGUUGCUCCACCUAGUUACACCGGACCACUGGAUCAAUUUGGUCCUUCAGUUCCACAUCAGCAUGAUCUAUCAGCUCCACCUCCUUAUCAAGAAUAUCAAUUUUACCCACAGUUGCCAGACCACCCUGAAAAAUCUUGACAAAGUGAUUUUAGAAUCAGGUAAUUUUUUAAUUACUGUUUUAUCUAGAUUCCUAGAAUCACUACUUUAUUCCAAAUGUAGCCUCUUAUAUUUGAAGUAGUGAUGUUGACUGUUAAUUAGCUGACAAUGUUCUAUACUAAUUAUUUGUCAUUUUACUUUUCAUGAAAAAGAAUUGAUAUGUUGUUAAGACUGUUGUAUAGGUUUAUUUUUCUUAAACGUUGUUCUAACUUAAAGUUGUGCUGCUUUAAAAUUGUAGAUUCAUUCUUCAACUGUACUAAACCUGAAUAUUUUAGUUUACUACACAAAAUUAAGGAAGCAAGACCAUGUACAUACAUAAAUAGGCUACAUAUAUAUUUAAAGUUGGAAAACAGUAUUUUAUAGUGUAGAUUUACCAUGUAUCGGUUUACCAUUUAUCAGUUUCUGCAUAAAUUGUUACAAAGGUUACAGAUUUACCAUGAAUUGCUCCAUAAACUGUUACAAAAUGUAUUUAGAACUUCUAGUGGUCGUCCAGUUGAUAUGAUUCUUUUGGUCCCUGCACCGGUGUACACAUGCAAGUAAUAAAAAAGUUAUUUGAACAGGUGCCAGUGGUUCCAACAUCUGAAGAAACUUUUCGUUUAAUAAAAGGUUCUUUGUGGCGAAAGAAGGUUCUUCAUAUAAAAUGGCAAGAAAGAGAACCUUUAAAGAACCUUUAACUGAACUGUUCUCUCUGGAACCAAAAUGGUUCUUCUCUACCAUCAACCUUUUAAGAGUUUUUAGUGUAUUUUAUGCUGUUGUUUUGAAUUACUGGAAACAUUGUCAUUUGUCAAUGGAAAAUUUUUUUUUUCAAAAUGACUGAAGAAAAGUUUACGAGUCGUAACAUGGGGCAUAACGAUUGCUUGGCUGAUAAUGUCAAAUAUAAUAAUAAAGUCAUAUUGUUAGAGAGCUA